AUACAGAAAUUCCUCUCACUCCCCCCCUUUGUCCCCCCCCUUCACCAAGGAGGCCUCCCUUUCCUUCUAAUAAGUAGCGCCCCUGAGCCCCUUUCCUCAAGUUUGCAUUAGGCAUUCAUCUCCGCCCCCCCCUCAAAUAUUGCCAGACGGCCCUUUUUUUAAGUUUUCCCGAAGAAAACUUUACCUCCUCCUCCUCCUCCUUUCCAUAGACAGGCACACUAACCCCCUUCCUUCGCCCCAGGUUCAGUAGCCCGGCCACGAGUUCUCAGGAAGCACCACCCGUUGCCCUUUCUUGCUCGUCUCCCUUUCAGGGCGCGCCCCUGAUCUGGUUUGCCACAGGGACACACACACCCUCCCCCCCCAUACACCAACAUCGAAGUAAAAAGCACUUUUGUCUCUUGUAAGCAAUCCUUGGGCUGUGCAAAGGGCACCCCAAGCCUUUCGUUCUCUGCUGGCUGAAGGGCAGUGCUUCGUGCAUGCUUUCCUCUAACAAGUUUCUUCAUUGUGUCUUUUUGUUGACCUCUUGGCCUUUGCUGCUCCCCCCCCCCAAAUCCAUCCCACAUAUCUGUCAUCUGGCUGAAAGUUAAAUGCCCACCCUGCAAAAAAUAAGCUCCUAUCCUCUGAAAAAGUCAGGUCUUGACAUAAAGUGUAGGGGAUCUUAACAUAUUAAAGCUCCACCCCAUAAAACGGAGAAUCCUUUUCUGCCCCUCUUUAAUCAAAGUCAUGCUCAACUGAGGGCUCCUUGGCACCUGUGACAGACUGGUGGCUGGAUGCUUGUCAUCCAUGCUUUGCCUCUUUUUUGUUUAGGUAGUUUUCCCAUUAAAGCACUGAGGAAGCUCUAUAAUGAGCAGGGAGUGUGUCUGACCCUACAAAAGUUUUAUCUACGUAGCUUUGCGCAGCUGUCACUUCAAAAGAGGCAGCACUUGGAUACCACUUAAUACCUCAACACUUCCUAUCAUCAGGGAUAAAAAUAUCAGGGUGAAAGAAGAGGCAUGCUAGGGGUACUAGUCGUCAGCCUGUUCCUCCACGGAAGGCCAGAAGGGGCCAAACUGGGAUCUUAGGUUUCCUGCCUGUUGCAGCCUCUUGUUCUGUGGUGCAGCAAGGUUUGAUUGUGCCCUUUUUAGCUUAGUUGGCUUUUCAGGCCUUUUGCCAUGGCUGGUGCCAUAGCAUCUCGGAUGAGUUUCAGCUCUCUGAAGAGAAAGCAGCCGAAAACCUUCACGGUGCGGAUUAUGACCAUGGACGCAGAGAUGGAGUUCAACUGCGAGGUGAAAUGGAAAGGAAAAGACUUAUUUGAUCUGGUAUGUAGGACGUUAGGCCUCCGUGAGACUUGGUUCUUCGGUCUGCAGUACAUGAUCAAGGACACUAUGGCCUGGCUCAAAAUGGACAAGAAGGUUCUGGACCAUGAUGUUCCAAAGGAGGAGCCCGUCACUUUUCACUUCCUAGCCAAAUUUUAUCCAGAGAAUGCUGAAGAGGAGCUUGUACAGGAGAUCACUCAGCACUUAUUCUUCCUUCAGGUAAAGAAGCAGAUCUUAGAUGAGAAGAUCUAUUGUCCACCUGAGGCAUCUGUUCUCCUUGCCUCCUAUGCAGUUCAAGCUAAGUAUGGAGAUUACGAUCCCACCGUUCACAAGCGGGGCUUCCUGGCCCAAGAGGAGCUGCUUCCCAAGGGGGUUAUAAACCUGUACCAGAUGACCCCAGAAAUGUGGGAGGAACGAAUAACAUCCUGGUAUGGCCAACAUCGAGGCAGAGCCAGGGACGAAGCUGAAAUGGAAUAUCUGAAGAUUGCUCAGGAUCUAGAGAUGUACGGUGUGAAUUACUUUGCCAUUAGGAAUAAGAAAGGAACUGAGCUACUACUGGGAGUUGAUGCCUUGGGUCUGCACAUAUACGACCCAGAAAACAAGUUGACCCCCAAAAUCUCCUUUCCAUGGAAUGAGAUCCGGAAUGUCUCUUACAGUGAUAAGGAGUUUACGAUCAAGCCAUUGGAUAAAAAAAUCGAUGUGUUCAAAUUCAACUCCUCAAAGCUGCGUGUGAAUAAGCUGAUCCUUCAGCUGUGCAUUGGGAACCAUGACCUGUUCAUGAGGAGGCGGAAAGCAGACUCCCUUGAAGUCCAGCAGAUGAAGGCACAAGCCAGGGAGGAGAAGGCCAGGAAACAGAUGGAGCGCCAGCGUUUAGCCCGAGAGAAACAGAUGAGAGAAGAGGCUGAGCGAACACGGGAUGAGUUGGAGAGGAGGCUGUUGCAAUUAAAAGAGGAGGCAACAAUGGCUAAUGAAGCCCUGAUGCGUUCUGAAGAAACAGCAGAUUUAUUGGCUGAAAAAGCCCAGAUCACAGAAGAGGAAGCGAAACUCCUGGCUCAGAAAGCAGCUGAAGCCGAGCAGGAGAUGCAGCGGAUCAAGGCUACAGCCAUCCGGACAGAAGACGAAAAACGGCUGAUGGAGCAGAAGGUGCUGGAGGCAGAGAUGCUGGCACUGAAGAUGGCAGAAGAAUCUGAACGAAGGGCAAAGGAGGCAGAUCAGCUCAAACAGGACCUCCAGGAAGCUCGUGACUCUGAGCGGAGAGCCAAGCAGAAGCUUUUGGAAAUUACCAGCAAGUCGUCUUACACACAGCCCAUGAAUUCCAGUACAACCACACUGCCUGCAGAUUUGCCGACCUUUAGCCUCAUCAGCGAAAGCUUGUCCUUUGACUUCAAGGAUACAGACAUGAAAAGAUUGUCCAUGGAGAUAGAGAAAGAGAAGGUAGAAUACAUGGAGAAGAGUAAGCACCUCCAGGAGCAGCUCAAUGAACUGAAGACGGAAAUAGAGGCUCUGAAGUUGAAGGAAAGGGAGACAGCUAUGGAUAUAUUGCACAAUGAGAACAGCGACAGGGGAAAUAGCAAGCUCAACACCAUCAAGAAGCUCACCUUACAAAGCACAAAGUCCCGCGUGGCCUUCUUCGAGGAGCUGUAGGAAGUGAGCCAGCCCUUUCGGUCUGAGCCAGCUCAAACUCAGUGGAACCCAUUUGAGGACUGCAGCUGCAACCUGUGCCUGGUUGCCACCUGGAUCGGGACCUUCUUGACAUGCAGCGGAUUUUGGCUUUUCGCUGUCUGAGGAGUCCGGCAUGAUGCUCUUUAGCUUAGUACCUGGUAGUUUUUAAUAAUCUUUGUAUAACACACAGCUGUGAUAUAUCUUUUAGCUUUUUUAAGUGUUUGUAUUGACUGUAACUUGUAUUCUCCUCGCAAGGCAAAAGGGCAUCACAGCAUUGUUCUUUUCCCCAGCUGGCCCUCCUUGGGAGUGCUGUGUGAAUGAUGCUUCCCCCUGCAGGCAGAGAGGGGCGGCCUUUUGCUGAAGCUCCCUUGUACAGAUUUUUAACCUUAGUGGAUAGUGUCUGCAGUUCUCUCUGAAAACCCGUAGUAUAUUCUUGGUGCUCGUGCAACAAGAUGAGAGCUUAACCAGGAUCCUCACUGAACUGUGCUGGAGUCUGAACUGGGAGCACUCUGGCAUCUUUCAUGGGCUGUCGCCCUCCUCCUUGAGCCAAUUUGGGGAGAGUGAUGCGCUGAGCUUUGAAGGAGCCCCGUCUUGGUUUGUGUUUAACUCAGAGAAGACAAAAUUCUGCAGUAAGUUUGGUGCUUGGAGUGUACAGUUUCCACUUUUACAGUUUGCUGUUUUGGGAUUUUGCUUUUUUAAAAAAAGGAUAAACUGGGACAGCAGCUGGCAAGGAAGAAGGGAGAG